UUUAUCUCGUUAAUGUUUACGAGAUUAAGCUCGAUUCACACCAAAGAUCUGGCAAAGCCAAAAAACGUGACUCCAAACGACGAUGUGAAACCAGUUGAAGAGUUCCUCGAAGAGUCUUCCACUGAGGAUCAAUUUUCGUUAGAAGCUGCAACGACCACGGAGCCUACGACCACUGUAGAGACCUAUCACAAGCUGACGCUGUCCGUCAACGCUAAGAAAAAUAUCUCCAGGGAAUUCAGGCCAAGUGUACAUCUAGGUGAAAUUAAAGAAUCCAGAAUCAGUGCCAGCCCCUUCAACGCUCUUCGUCAUUUCAACCUCGACAACGGAGUAAAUCCUGGCUCAUAUCACGAACACUUAAAAGACUUCCAAAUAGUUUACCAACCCGCAGUCAAGACUGUUCAAACUCUUCAAACUCCUCGGCCAGCUAAUCAAGAAAACAUUCACCAGAAUUUAUACGAAACUGCUGUUGGGUCGAUCGAGGAAACUAAAAAUGAUGGAACACAGCAGAAUGGUUACGUUAAAUUUCAAGACGAUGCAUUGGACGCUUCUAAAGUACCGUACAGCUCUUCGAAGGACCAAACGUUCCAUCAACAUGUUUCCAAUUCGGUUUUUGAUAACUCGGGGACGCAGCACGACCUAGUGGAUCAACAAAUCUAUCAAAAUUUAGAGAAACCCGCUUUCGAGCAAGAAACGUCCAUUAUUUGGGGGAAACCGUCUAAAUUUCAUGGUGAACCUCAGAGAGGUCCGGAAUUGAACGUUAAUCCUUUGAAGACGCCACAUUUUCCAAUAGUUUACGAUCAUCAGGACCAACACUCGAAUUUGCAGGAUUUCGAUUUAUCGAAGAAGCCGAAUGAUGGCGUGGUUUUUGUUCAGGAAUCGUCGUUCACGAGGACUAGAAAAUAUCCUUAUCCUUAUCAAUCGCACGGUGGAUACAAUCACGCCGAGUUUGUCGACGACAAACGUUCGUCUCCUCUCAAGAGAAGGGUAUCUCCGUGGAAGAAGAUCUUUCAUUUGAUUGGCGCCAUUAUUCCACUUGGUCUACUCAUAGCUGCUCUAACUCCAAACGUCGUAAAGGUCGACAACACUACCCAGCCUAACAUCGUCUUGUCCAAGUGGAGGGUCGCUGACCUGCCGGUGGAACAUAAACAGGCGCGAUUCAACGAUCCCUUGAAUGACUGCGAGGAAAGGUCCAUUUGUGGCAUGAUCUUGGCUGGCGGUGACGCUGGAUCCAGCGUGUUGCAGAACAUCUUGUGGAACCUGGCGACAAGAACGUCGACAACUAUGGCGAAAGAAAGCGGUCUUCACGAAGUUUUCGAGGCGGUGAAGAAAAAGGAUUGUACCAGCGUUUUUUGCUGACUGACUAUUGGAGUAUAUUAAAGCGAUCAUAACCAUAUGAAUAUCACUUUUCAAAAAGUAAAUAACAUAAACUAGAUAGCUAAUGUCAUCGAAUCAAAAACGAGUUUUCACUGCGCUUUUA